GCUAGCAGCAGUAUUGCCCCCGCGCGACCCACGCUUCGCGCGCGCGGUGCUCAGCCCGUGUCGAUCUCCAUGGCCGUGUCCUGCGCGCAUGCCCAGCCCGCGUGGGCGCUGGCGGUGCUCACGGCGCUGGGGCUUCUCGUUUACGUGCGCGCCGGGGCGCGCCUCGCGCUGUGGCUGUACGCGGCGUUCCUCCGCCCGACGAAGCCUCUGCGCCGCCGCUACGGCGCGUGGGCGGUCGUCACGGGCGCCACGGACGGGAUCGGCCGCGCGCUGGCCUCCCGCCUGGCCGCGGCCGGGCUCGGGCUCGUCCUCGUCGGCCGCAGCCCCGACAGGCUCGCCGCCGCCUCGACCGACAUCAGAGCCAGGCACCCCGGUGUCCAGGUACGCACCUUCGUCCUGGACUUCGCCGCCGACGGGCUCUCCGGGAAGGUGGACGCUCUCGGGGAGUUCAUCCGGGACCUCGACGUCGGCGUGCUCGUGAACAACGCCGGUGCGUGCUACCCGUACGCUCGCUACUUCCACGAGGUGGACGAGGCGCUAGCGCGGGGCAUGGUGCGGCUCAACGUGGAGGCCAUCACGCGGGUGACGCACGCCGUGCUCCCGGGCAUGGUGGAGCGCGGGCGGGGCGCCAUCGUGAACAUCGGCGCCGGCGGCGCCUCCAUCAUGCCGUCCUGCCCACUUCACACCGUCUACGCCGCCACCAAGGCGUACGUCGAUCAGUUCUCUAGAUCCCUCUAUGUGGAGUACAAGAGCAAAGGUAUUGACGUGCAGUGCCAGGUACCCAUGUAUGUGGCGACGAAGAUGGCGUCCAUCAGGAACCCGAGCUUCUUCGCACCGUCGCCGGAGGCGUACGCCCAUGCCGCCAUCCGCUACAUCUGGUACGAGCCUCGGUGCAUGCCGUACUGGCCGCACGCUCUGUGGAAGCUCGUUUCGCUUCUGCCUGGCCCCGUCGCCGACAGGGUGAUCCUCAACAUGACCCUCGACGGCCGCACCAAGGGAAGGGCCAAGGACGCCAGGAAAAAGACACAGUAGUAGAGUUUGUAGACUUCUUGCAAGAAACUUGAAAGACACUGUUACUUGCCCAAAAGAUUGGAUGAAC